AUGCUUUUGGACUCGAUGCUCUCUCCCUCGGCUGUACUGUCGCCCAUCUCAGACCCUGUGGAAGAUUUCUCGUCCGCCAGUGCCUUGAUGACAUCUGGGGUUACUUUGCAAGAUAGUGUUAUAUCCCCGGCUGAUAACAUGAGCCACCAGCCUAUCUCUUUGGACAACGGGGUUUCGCCGACCGAUCAAGAGAGCGCAAUUUUCAGCAUUGAUGGCACUUUCUUUCCAAACUUCAUCCCAGACUCUCUCAUUCCGUCUCUAUCACGAUACAAUGAUUGUCAUUUCCCCGCGGGCCCCGAUUAUACUCAAUACGGCUCAUUGGACAAUUUCCACUUCGACCUUACUCUCACAGAGGGUGAUUUCAGCCUCAUCGACUUCUACAACUCUCACAGCAUUCCUACAAGUGUACCCGAAUCUCGCGCGGACCCCGCUUGUGGGAUUGACAGUGGUAUCGGCAUCGGAGCAGAGGCAUAUCAUCGAUCGUCGCUUUCGGCAUACAAGCCCGCACGCGAAGAUCAUGCCUUUGACGACCAUGAGAAUUUGUCCGUACCGCAAAUGAUGAAUACACCCGAGAGUAGCGUCUCCUCCACCGAGGCAACUCUCUGCGACCGUCUGUUACCCACUAGUCGGGACUUGGUCCUGAGUUUGGUACUGGAGGUUAGUCGAGAAGCCACCUUGAGUCGGAUUGUCAAAUCAUUCCCUGGGACCGAUUUGCUCGAUGCUCUGAUUCAACAGUACUUUGAGCAUCAGACGCAUACAAUCGGGACGUUCAUUCAUACGUCGACCUUUCGGACUAAUAGUGAAGACCCGGGUAUUCUUGCUGGUUUGGCUGCCGCUGGUGCUGUUCGCUCUUCUAAUCCUACCAUUCGAAAGUUGGGAUAUGCACUGAAUGAGGGCGUGCGUAUGCAUCUUCCGACCAAGUAUGAACGGGAUAACACUUUCAUUCGUGACUUGCGAACGUCGCAGACCUACGCACUAACCAUUGAUAUUGGGAUCUGGAGUGGUAAUCGACGAAAGACAGAGAUAGCGGAAAGCUUCUCGCAACCUUUGAUUACGAUGCUGCGCCGUGCUCUGCGGUUUCGUCGGUCGAUCUAUCCCAAUAUCACUCCACUGGCUGAGGAUGUCGGAAAUACCCUCGAGUCCAAGUGGCGUGGUUGGGUUGAACAGGAGUCUUUCAAGCGCCUCGUGCAUUUUGUUUUCCUUCACGACGCGCAGACGGCUAUUGCCCUCAACGUCAACCCAAUAAUAUCCUACGCGGACAUGGAACUUCCGCUUCCCGCGUCGCGCCAGCUAUGGGAGGCCAAGUCCGCGGCUGAGUGGAAAGCAAUUUUCCACAGAAAACCCGCGGCCUCGGAGCGUCUGCCUUCGUUGGCUGAUCUACUACGGGACAUGUCGCAAUUAACGAUCUUUGAAGACGUGAUUGAUACCCAGUUGGCGGCGUCGGUGUUAGUCCAUGGUCUCUCAGCACUGGUGAAUGAAUACCAUCGCUUGAAAUUCAUUUCCACCAGUGGUUCCAAACACUGGCAUGCCCUCGUGACGAACUCCCGGCAGCAAGAACUCGACCAAGCACUCCAGCAUUUCCGAAUGGUUUGCUCGGAAUUAAAGACACAGUGUCGCCCCGAGACCAUUUUGAUUGGCGAGGUUGUCUCCAUGCUCCUGUACAUGUCCCUGGAAGAAUUGCAAUUAUUCGCCGGCAGAGAAGACAAACAAGAAGCACGCCGAGUGUAUCAUUCCGCACUGGAGUGGAUUGCAAGUUCCGAUUCCCGACAAGCAAUUUGGCACGCUGGUCAGAUCAUCCGAGCCGCUCGAAGCAUGUCGCCUAGUGCUCUGGCUGGAUUCCCAGCCAUUGGGGUAUACUAUGCCAGUUUGGCAUUUUGGUCCUACAGUGUAGUUUCCAAGGCUUACACGGGGAGACUUGCAGGGCGUCCGGAAUCCCAGAACCCGGGUACCGGAUCAACGGUAUUUCUUGAUGGUGAGCAGGGAGGGGAAGUUUCGAAAUUCGUCACGCUAAACUGUGGCCUGCCGGCUUUGCACGGCCCCGAGGGGGCAGUUUACCUCGUGGACCCUGCGGCGAUCAUGAGCUUGGCGCAAGCAACACUUCAGCCUGAUUCACCGGAGAAAACACCAGCCCUGGUGCAGAUGCUUUCUCAAUUGAUGCGAGAUCUUGGAAACUGUGUGCAUGAAGGGAGAUGA